AUGACGACCCGACCGGAUCCAGUGACGCCCUUUGCGCUCAACACACCGCUCUUUAACGUGCUUGCUGGCAAGCGCGUCGUGCUCGCCAGCUCCAGCCCGCGCCGCAAGCAGAUCCUCGCUUCGGUCGGCUUGGAGCCAGAGAUCGUGCCGAGCACAUUUGAAGAGGAUCUGCCAAAGUCAGAGUUCACCGGAGACGCAGUUUACGAGUACCCCGUCCAGACAGGAUCUAAGAAGGCUCUCGAAGUGUACAAGCGCCUAGUUGAAGAGAACCCCGAGGAUCCGCCAGACUUUGUGAUUUCGGCAGAUACGGUGGUGGUCAAGGAUGAAGUGAUCAUGGAAAAGCCCGCGGACGCGCAGGACAACCUCCGAAUGCUCGCCGACCUCAACGGCAACAAGUGCGAAGUCGUUACUGGCGUCACGGUGAUUUGGCCCGUCAUCGAAGCACCCGGCUUCCAGAUGAGGUCGUUGUGCGAGCGCACAGUGGUGCGAUUUGCCGACAACCCGUACUACCUGCUCAAGGCGUACGUCGACUCAAACGAGGGCAUCGACCGCGCAGGCGGCUUCGCCAUUCAGGGCCGCGGCUCGCUGCUGGUGCGAUGCAUCGAAGGCGACUACAACAACGUGGUCGGCUUCCCCCUGUAUGCUUUCAGCGCGUUCCUGCACGACUUGAUCGAGAACGACGAGCUCGACAUGGUGCAAGACGACUAG